CUUUAUGAAGCAGAAAAUAAGCAUAAAAUUUUGGAGAAGGAGUUCCAGCAAUACAAAGAACAGCAAAGUCACCAACCAGAACUCCAGCUGCAAUCAGAAAUAAAUCUUAUCACUUUAGAGAAGGUUGAACUUGAAAGAAAGUUGGAGUCGGCUACCAAGUCAAAGCUGCACUACAAGCAACAAUGGACAAGGGCUUUGAAGGAACUUGCAAGGUUAAAACAGCGUGAGCAAGAAAAUGCAAUGGCUCACCUUAAAAAGCAGCAACAAGAACUGGACCACAUGAGGCUGUGCUAUUUGGCAGCAGAAGAAAGAGAGUUGGGGAAAACAGACCGACAAGAGCUGGAGGAUAUCAGAAUUGAACUUAACAGGCUAAAGCAAGAAGAAGAAGAGAGAAGGCAGUUGCACAGUAUUAGAGAUAAUUCUGCUGGUAAAGUGGGUAGUCUUCAUUCUAGAAAAUUAAAUGAGAAUAUGGAUGAUUAUCUGUCUCGUCUGAUAGAAGAGAGGGAUACUCUGUUGAGAACAGGAGUAUAUAAUCAUGAAGACCAUAUUGUAAGUGAACUUGAUCGUCAAAUCAGAGAAGCUAUUGCAAAAAGGAACAUCACUAUAUAA